AUGCAACAUCUUAAAUUAUCAAUUCCUUCUUUGAACUAAUCAUUUUUAUACUCUGGAAAUUUUAAAGAGAUGUCCUAUUAGCAAUUAAUAGCAUAUGCAGAAAGUCGAUUAGGUCGAGUUCUACCUCCUGAUUUUGAAUUUUUCUAUGUAAAUUCCGAGGGCAAUUAAUUUGUUGUUGAUAGUGAUGAAUAAUUACGUAAUUUAAAAGGCUUGAACCAGUAACUAAUCAAAAUCAUUCUUAAAGAAAAAGAUAAAGAAAAAAUUUCUCAUCCAAACACAAUUUGCAAUCUAUGUCAUUCUUCUCCAAUUAUGAAUGCUAGGUAUAAAUGUAUAGUUUGUGAAAAUUUGGAGUUUUGUGAAAAUUGUUUAGAUCAUGGUUAAGUUCAUCCUUUGUUAAUCAUAUAUAAACCAGAGUAGGAGUAAUUUUUUGAUGGUUUUUUUAAAACAUCUAUGAAUAAAGUGAAGAACUUAUUCAAUUGUUAAUAUAGUAAUACUAAAAAAUACUGUUAUAGAUUUAAAAGAAGCAUUGUUGAAGAAGAAGACAGAACUAUUUGGUACAAACAAAAAGGAUCAUUAAUUAUAAUCGAUUUAAUAGGAAAAUAUAUAAUUGUAAUAAGAAUAAGAUGAUUAAAAAUAAAGUGAAGAUGUGCUUAAUAAAACAUUAAGAUUAAGUGAGGUAUUCGAAGGCUCUCCAGAAAAAUUUGAAAAUAUUGUCAAAUAAAAUCAACACUUAUCAUUUGAAGAAUUAGUUGAGCUGAUAUCAGAUUAAAUCUAAUGA